CGAUGUAGUACAUUUAUUUAGAGAGAAAGAGAGAAAAGAUGUGGUAGGAUCAGCUGCAUAGAACGAGUCAAUACACUCGAACGGAACAGGUGCAAACGAAUGUAAACAUACUGCAAAAGCACGUGAGGAAUUUGAUGAAUAUUGCGAAAAUUGCAUAUCCAAAAAAAGUCGCAAUUUGAAUCCGUACUAAUAAAACAAAGCUGUCGAAUCUCUGUUAAAAUAACAUUGACUUUUCCUUCAAUCGAAGAACAUAAGAAAAAAGUGUAUUGACUUGCAAAAUCACUUGAUCACAUUAUUAUAAAACCUCCAUUAAUUUAAGAAGACACAACAUGAAAGUUAUAAAAGGAAACUGGAACACUCUUCUAAGUAAUUACGAGGUUUUGGAUAUUUUGCAAAAUACGAAGUGUUCUUACAAAAAGCAAAAGAUGAAUCAACUUGCAACCAUCACUUAUCAGACAAUCAAGUAUCUAGAAGAUACGCCAUGUAAGAAGCAGAAUCCAGAGAAAAUCCGAGAGUUUCUGAGAGCCAUGGAGCCCAUGAAAUUGUCCAAGGCCGAGAAGCUUACUCUUCUCAAUCUUUGUCCUACUACACCUCUCGAGAUUCAAUUGAUGGUAGAAGAGAGCGAGGAACGACUAUCGGAUGAAGAGGUGGAAACUGUGCUUCAAAUCGUCGCGAAUGUGCGAGGAGACGAGGAAGACACAGAACAAGAAACCUAAUCUUAGACCUUAAAAAAUAACUUAUUUAAAUAUAUUUUAUGUAUGUACAUUUUAUUUAUAUAAUAAACAUGACU